AGGAAACGCACCAGGUCCACGUCACUGUGUAAUGCGUUGGGGUUGCCGUGCCACGUUUUCCGCCCUGGAAUGCCAACAUAAAUACAAACUCGGCUCGAGAAGCCGCUGCCGUCCCGCUUCGUCUUUCCCGCAUCCCUCGGCUUUUAUUCGUUCAUCCCGUCUUUCUGUCCCAGAACCCCAAAACACGACCGGUACGAAUUACGACGUCCAACUCCCGCCAAGAUGACAUCAACCAGCAUGACAGCCGCCGCAUCGGCGACGUCAACAGCGUGCGGCGGGGCCCUCGUCUACGACAUCCCCGUGCAGGAUGCGUCCUGCGCCAUGCCCUUCGGGGGCAACCACACCGACAUUAUGGCCAAGUGUUGCGGCUCCGCCGACGUGGUCAGCUACUACAACAACUGCGGCCUGUUCUGUCUCUCGCAGGAUCAGACCGUCCGCGAGCUCAUGGACUGUUUGUUCAAAGAGGGCGCGGCCGACAACGCGGUCUUCUGCCGAGGCAACACCACCGCGAGCGCGACGGGUUCGGCCACGGACCUGCCCGCGUCUGCCAGCGCAUCUGUUGUAGCGACGGGGGGCAGUGGGGCUAAGACCAGCGGUGGGACGUCCGGCACCGCGAGCGGGAGCGGCUCGGCCGCGACUUCGACUACUUCGGACAACGCGGCGCCGGGUAGCAGCGUGCCGAGCUUCGGCAACGGCUUCACCGGUCUUGCCAUUGGCGCUCUGCUGUUUUCUGCUACUGCCUUUGGAGCUCUCGGCCUGUGAUUUCGAGUAUUCGCUGGGUUGGGUCGGGCGUACUAUCCUUACCGAAGGAGCUGGUCAAAUCGCUGAAGUGCCAAACCGCGAAAUUAUCCCGAACCGACUCGCUCUCCCUCUAGGUCCAUCCUGGAAGAAACGUAAUUAGAGCUAGGUUUGGGCGGUGAAGUCCAAAAGGGAACGAACGGUUGCGGAGUGGUUGGUGGAAGUCGUGAGAUUCAGCACCACCUAAGGAUUUUUUGCUGCG